GUGUGGGAGGAGGAUGGGUGGGUUUAAGUGUAUCUAGUCUGUUCUCUUCACAAGCUCUGUAGUGAGCAGUGACUGAAGACAAAAGCAGAGAGAAGUCCACCUCUCCAUGUGAUGUGCAGCAGGUUGGUGAGGGCGCAGCAUGCUCCAUCCCCCUCCAUCCUCUCCAGCUUCAACAUUUGUGAAGUGGCAGCCUCCCCCGGUCGGACCGGAGGCCGGCUGGUCUCUGAUCUGGUCUCAGGAGUCCCCGCAAACACGACGCGCUCCGUCGGGUCCAGGCUGUGCGCCUCCCGGAUCACGCCCGAGCCGCCCCGGUCCCCCGCGAUGGAGAUGAUGGAGGGAGACGUUAUGGACAAGCUGGAGGACAUGUCGUCGGUGUACGACUUCGACCCGAUCACCGGCAACAUCCCCGCCACCAAGGUAGAGAUCACCGUCUCCUGCAGAAAUCUGUUGGAUAAAGACACUUUCUCAAAGUCAGACCCAUUGUGCGUGCUCUAUACACAAGGUGUUGAAACCAAACAGUGGAGAGAGUUUGGCAGAACGGAGGUGAUCGACAACACUCUAAACCCCGACUUUGUUAGAAAGUACAUCUUGGACUACUUUUUUGAAGAGAAGCAGAACCUUCGUUUUGACUUGUACGAUGUCGACUCCAAGAGCCCAGACCUGUCCAAACACCCCGCAGAAUUCAACGACUUUUUGGGUCAGAUGUUCUGUACUCUCGGGGAGAUUGUUGGAUCACCAGCCAGUCGACUGGAGAAACCGCUGGGAGGGAUCCCGGGGAAGAAAUGUGGCACUAUCAUCCUGUCGGCAGAGGAGCUGAGCAAUUGUCGAGAUAGUGCGACUAUGCAGUUCUGUGCCAACAAGCUGGAUAAGAAGGACUUCUUUGGAAAGUCAGACCCUUUCAUGGUUUUCUACAGAAGCAAUGAGGAUGGAACGUUUACUAUCUGUCACAAAACAGAGGUGGUGAAGAACACGUUAAAUCCAGUGUGGCAGCCUUUCACCAUCCCUGUACGAGCGCUCUGCAAUGGAGACUAUGACAGGACAAUCAAGGUAGAAGUUUAUGACUGGGAUCGAGAUGGCAGUCAUGACUUCAUCGGGGAUUUCACCACCAGCUACCGAGAGCUAGCUCGAGGGCAGAGUCAGUUCAAUGUGUAUGAGGUUAUUAACACCAAGAAGAAAAUGAAGAAAAAGAAAUAUGUCAACUCUGGAACAGUGACCCUGCUCUCAUUCUCGGUGGAGUCGGAGUUUACAUUUUUAGAUUACAUAAAAGGAGGGACGCAGAUCAAUUUCACAGUGGCCAUUGAUUUCACAGCAUCUAAUGGUAACCCCUCCCAGUCCACCUCGCUGCACUACAUGAAUCCCUACCAGCUCAACGCCUACGCCAUGGCCUUGAAGGCUGUUGGGGAGAUCAUUCAGGACUACGACAGUGACAAGAUGUUCCCGGCUCUUGGCUUUGGAGCCAAACUCCCACCUGAUGGGCGGGUGUCGCAUGAAUUCCCUCUGAAUGGAAACAUGGAAAACCCUUACUGCAAUGGCAUUGAAGGCAUCCUGGAAGCGUACCAUCAGAGUCUGAAGACGGUGCAGCUGUACGGGCCGACCAACUUCGCUCCGGUCGUCAACCACGUUGCCAGAUACGCAGCAGCAGUGCAGGACGGCUCGCAGUACUUUGUGCUCCUCAUCAUCACAGAUGGCGUCAUUUCAGACAUGGCCCAGACCAAAGAGGCCAUCGUCAAUGGGGCCAAACUUCCUAUGUCCAUCAUCAUCGUUGGAGUGGGCCAGGCGGAGUUUGACGCUAUGGUUGAACUGGAUGGCGACGACAUCAGGAUCUCGUCUCGGGGGAGGCUGGCAGAGAGAGACAUUGUUCAGUUUGUUCCCUUCAGGGAUUAUAUGGACCGGACAGGUAACCACGUGUUAAGCAUGGCGCGGCUGGCCAAAGACGUGCUGGCUGAGAUCCCAGACCAGUUCAUCUCUUACAUGAAGAGCCGGGGGAUCAAACCCAACCCGGCGCCGCCUCCCUACACACCGCCCGGGCACACACACCACCACACACAGAUCUGAGGGGGCCGCCUCCUCAGGGGACUUUCCGCCGAGAACUGACAGCAUGCAGCAGCCACUCAAGAGUCCAGCGAGAACUCUCUACCUUCUGUUUUCUGGUGCAGAAAGAGAGACGGCGCACCAGGAAGCGGGUGUUGGAAUUUGUGCGGUGCCGUCACAGUAACUAUUGCAGCAGUAAUUUUGUUUCUUUCUUCUUUUUUUGUGAUAUACUCCUUUUGGUGGGUUUCUCUCAGCGAGGGGCUGCUAACUUUUCAGGACUUGUUGGUGAAAGCCUUUCAGGCAGUGACUGUUUCAAGUCUGAUGUGACAGCAGGUCGGUUCGAAAAGGUCAUGUUGUGGUUAAAACUUGUGCCUGUCUGUGGUUGUUUCUCUAAAUGUAUCAGGACAUGUGAACUUUGACCUAAACCUUGCUCGUCAGUCAUUGGUGUGGCCUAAUACAGUGAUUCUUUUUAGGCACCUUUUCCCUUCUGGAAUAAGUUUUUUUUUUUUUUUAAUAUGUGGGGGUUAUCUCCAUAUCUGCUAAUGCAACUGUUACGUGGGAGGAACAACUACGGGAUUGUAGUUUAAAAUCUGUUUCUUUGAACAUUUAUCAGGCUUUUCAUACCAUGACAUGUCACCUCCCGUCCUCUUCACUAACUAAAUGUUUAUAACAGCAUGUUGUAUGAGAAUUUUAUCCCCAUAUUCUACUAUAUAUUCUCAAAUAUUAUUCAGAGUGGCAUGGACAUUUGAUAGAUCUGUUUUAAAUACCAUAGGAACUUUUUUUUUUUUAAGUGGUUACCAUUUAUUUUUUAGUGAUUACAU